AUGCGCAAACUCAACAUCGCCGGUGGGGAGCCCUUCCUGCACCCAAAGUUCCUAGGAGAGCUUCUCCGGUACUGCAAAGAGGAUCUAGACCUCGAGAGCGUCAGCAUCGUCAGCAACGGAAGCAAGAUCCAGGAGAAGUUCCUCCGUGAGCACGGGCGGUACCUGGACAUCCUCGCCAUCUCGUGCGACUCGUUCGUCCGGGACACGAACAAAGCGAUCGGACGCGGGGAGAACGGCCAGGCGGACGGAGACCACGUGGCGCAGGUCUUCCGCAUCGCGGAGUGGUGCCGGGAGUACGGCAUCAUGUUCAAGCUCAAUACGGUCGUCAACAUUUUUAAUUGGGACGAGGACAUGGCGGCGCAGAUUGCGGAGCUGGCGCCGUUCCGGUGGAAGGUGUUCCAGUGCCUGAUCGUCGAGGGCGAGAACGAGGACGACACGCGGGUGCGCGACGGGCGGAAGUUUCUCAUCUCCGAGGAGCAGUGGAGGACCUUCUGCGACAGGCAUAAACACCUGCCGUGCUACGUGCCGGAGGAUAACCAGACGAUGGCCGGGAGCUACCUUCUCCUGGACGAGCGUCUGCGCUUCCUCGACAAGGGCGACGGGCCGAUGAAGAAGAGCGAUUCUUUGCUGGAUGUCGGGGUGAAGAGGGCCAUGCAGCAGGUUGCGUGGGAUAAGAGCGCUUUUGACAAAAGAGGUGGGGUUUACGAGUGGCGGAAACCGCAGAACGUGGAUGGCGAUGGAGGUUGCGGUGGUGGGGAUAAGAAGGAACUGGAGUGGUAG